AUGUUAGACAUCUACACCGUCGUGAUGAACAAAGUCCUGCUUAACACUCUGCUCAUCAUCGCAAUGUUCUUCAUUGCCUGCAAUGGAGAAGCCGAAAUAGAAGCACCCGGAGAAGGAGACACAGGCAAGAACACUACUACCACAAUAGCGGAUUCUUCCGUGAUCACAGCAGCUCAGUUAGACACAGCCAGUGGUGUUUCGGCCUUAGUGCUGGUCCAGGCUUGCUUUAUGUCACUCCCUCUUGUCCUGCUCGCCAACCGCUAA